UAGAAUCAAAAAAUCCCCAAGAUUUGCUUUAACAUAAUGAAUCCUUGUGUUUUUAUAGUUUUCUCAUUUCUCUUGAUAUGCCUUGAGACUACAACUGCCAACCCAUUGGUAGCAACGGGAGGAGGAGAUGAUAAUGGUGUCGUGAAGAAGUGUUUGGAUAAGGAGAGACAUGCUCUUCUUGAUUUCAAAGCUCACCUCCAAGACCCCUAUGAAACUCUCUCUACAUGGAGAGUUGAAGAAGAAGAAGAUUGCUGUAAAUGGAGAGGAGUCACAUGCAACAACCAAACAGGUCGUGUCAUUGUGCUAAGUAUUAGCUCUGGUGGCCUUAAAGGUGAGAUUAGCGAUGCUUUGCUUAACUUAAGCUACUUGACUCAUCUUGAUCUUCACUCAAAUUCUUUUCAUGGAGUUAUUCCCACCUUCAUUGGUUCCAUGACCGAAUUAAGGUACCUUGACCUUAUUAAUAACUCUCUUCAUGGAACCAUUCCCUGGUCAAUUGGUUCCCUGACCAAAUUAAGGUACCUCAAACCUGGCAACAAUUAUCUUAGUGGAACCAUUCCCAGGUCCAUUGGCUCCUUGACAGAAUUAAGGGUUCUUGGCCUUUCUCAUAACUCUCUUUCUGGAACCAUUCCUCCAGAAUUGGGAAACCUCACCAAUUUGCAAUGGCUUAUCCUUCAAUCUGUUGGAAGAUGUAGAGUUGAGAACCUAGAGUGGCUGUCUCAUCUAUCUCAUUUGCAACAACUUGUUAUGGAUGGGAUUUCCCUAGCCAAAAAAAAUCAUUGGGUGGAUGUAAUUUUGAGCCUCCGGAAACUAUCAGUUUUAAGUUUAAUAGGAUGUGAGCUGUCACAAGUCAUGUAUCCAUAUUCUUCACAUCUCAAUUCUUCUUCAUCUAUUCUUUACCUUUAUCUCGGAAACAACCGUCUCAACUCAUCAAUGUAUCAUUGGCUGUUUCCGUUAACCAGCAAUAGCCUUCUCCGUCUUGGUCUCGCUAUAAACAUGUUAGAUGGGAUUCCAAAAUAUCUUGGUAGCCUCUGUAGCUUGAAAAGUUUGUACUUCUAUAACAACUCUGCAGUGGUUGAAUUUCCUGUUUUUCUGAAAAACUUGUCUGGAUGCACAUCGCUUGCAUUACAAUACUUGGAUACCUCUCAUACCCAAUUUACAGGUUCACCGUCCGAUGAGAUCCAAACACUGAAAAAUCUUACCUAUCUUUUUAUGAGUUCGUGUAAUCUUGGGCCUCGCUUUCUUAAAUGGACUCAAACACUAAACAGUCUUCAGUAUCUUAAUAUUGCCAAUAAUGGAAUUUCAGACACUAUUCCUCUGGAUUUUUGGGAUAAGUGGCCUUCUCAAUUAAGAUAUAUGAAUCUCUCUUUCAACAACAUCAGCGGGAACCUACCAGAUUUAUCAACAAAAUUUGACAACAAUUCAGUGAUAGAUUUGAGUUCCAACAAUUUUUAUGGUCAAAUAACUGAUGUGUCUUCCACCGUGGCAUUAUUAAAUCUUUCCAGAAACAAAUUACAUGGAGGAAUCUCUUUCUUAUGCCAAGUUGUCCAUGGGCUUUUAGUGAGUCUUGACCUAUCCUAUAACUUGUUAAGCGGACGACUACCAGAUUGUUUGUGGCAUUUUAAAGAACUAAAAGUUCUUAUUCUAGAACACAACAAUCUAUCUGGAAGGCUUCCUACCUCUGUUGGAUCUCUGAUUAAACUUGAGACAUUGAAUUUAUAUUUACUGUUCCUAGACUUGUCACUGAAUCAUCUCCAUGGAACUAUCCCCUCGUGUUUCGAUAAUCUUACAAGCAUUGCUCAAGAAGGAUCCUUACCGACAAAAAACUCAAGUGGAAAGGACAUGCAUUUACGUGAAUUCACCCGUAAUCUGGGAUUGUUGAAGAGCAUUAACUUGUCAAGCAACAACUUAACAGGAAAAAUCCCAUAUGAAGUUACCAAUCUUUAUGGACUGUGUGUACUCAACUUGUCAAAGAAUGCUCUACAUGGAGAGAUUCCGAAAAAAAUUGGUCAAAUGCGACAGCUUGAAACUUUGGAUUUAUCUAGAAACAACUUGUCAGGAGAGAUGCCAUCAAGUAUGUCUUGUUUGACUUCAUUAAGUUAUCUAAACGUAUCAUACAAUAGCUUGUCAGGGAGAAUUCCAUCCGGCACUCAACUGCAGUCUUUUGAACCGUCAAGAUACAACGGAAACCCGCGACUAUGUGGACCCCCACUUACCAAAAAAUGCCCAGGAAAUGAAGAAUCAGAAGUACAAUCGGUCGUUGGUAAAAGUGAGGGUGAUGGGGAAGAGAUAGAUGAACUUGAAAUAUGGUUCUAUAUUUGUGGGGCCAGUGGUUUUGUUACUGGAUUUUGGAUAGCAUGUGGCACUUUACUUGUCAGCCGUCGUGGGAGAUGUUCAUUUUUUCACUUUUAUGAUAGCUUCACAGAUUGGGUUGAUGUGAAGGCGGCGGUGUCGUUUGCAAAUCUGCGAAGGGUUGAACGUAGAUAGUCAUGUAAAGUCAUGCUUGAUCACUUGUAUUUGGAUGGGGAUUUUAAUUCCCUGUUAUCAAUAUAUAAAAUUGUCACCAAGACCAUAUGGGUGGCCAUUCUCCGGUUGACUGAACUUUUAUAUUUUAAACAUAUUAACGCUGUGUUUUUAGAAUUAAGUAUUCUAUAGGACAAAUUAGAUAGCCAAAGAAAGAACAUGAACACUAAACUUGGGAUUUUCGGUAGGGGCU